AUGACAUUUGGUGAAGAGCUGAACAUUGGCGAGGCACCCAUUGCAAAAUCGAUAAACGUGCAAUUCUUGAAUUUCUCAGCACGGGCAUGGUCACACACAACAAAAGAUCAUUUUCAUGAUGAAUGGGGAUACUUAACUGUUGACUCAAAUGGUAAUGCAACCCUAAUGACUGCGGGAAAUAACGGCUUCACGACCUACGAAGUUGGACAGGUGCAGCCGAACAAACUCGUUCUAACACUCAAGGAUAUCGGACGAAUUUCGUUUUCACGCGACUUGCCUGUCGUGGAUUUACGACGCACAUUCACCCGACAUGACGAUCGGUACAUGGAACAAGUGAUAGAGAUGCGAACAGCAACGCAUCCCAAAUCCGGUUAUCUGGAACAUACCAGGGUGAUCUACACGAAACAAGGAUAA